AUGAAUAGUUUUGUGACCAAUGUUGCCAAUCUUGUGAAAGAAGAGUGUCAUACGGCCAUGCUCCAUGGUGAUAUGAACAUUUCUAGGCUCAUGGUGUAUGCUCAAUCCAUUGAGGAGUCAAAGCUUAGUAGGAUUUAUAGAAACUUUAAGAGGAGUGGACCAAGUGAGAAAAACCAACUUAGGUUCAAGAAGUGGGAUCCAAUUCAAGAUGAACCUAAGGAUCCUAAGGUCAAACUUGAAAAGGGUAGUGGUUCUGAAAAUGGUAAGCCUACUUCUGUUAUUUGUGGGAAGAAGCACUAUAGGAAAUGUCUAGGUGGUAUUGGGAAUUGUUUUACUUGUGGUAAGGAUGGACAUGAGGUGAGGGAUUGUCCUACUAUUGCGGAUAGAAUAAAGAAAGGUAAGCAAGUUCCUCCAAGUGUUCCGGGUGAUGAUGUUCCAAGGAAGAAUCGCUUCUAUGCACUCCGGGCUAGAGGAUCAAAGGCGGAUGAUGAAGAUUAUGUUGUCGACAGAGAGAAGAAGAGAGAAGAAAGAGAGAAGACGAGAGAGGAGGAGAUUGCGUUAGUAAAGGAGGCAGAUAACAAGAGGUCGGUAACUAAACUUGCAGCAAGAGGGUGUAAGCUUUGUUAG